UUCUUUUGGAUGCGGUUUGGUGGCAUCGCUCCGCUAAAUGGACAGAGUCAAAAGGACAGCGCUUACAAAAUAUUCAGAUUUUUCUCAGUGACAAGUAGUUGGCGCACACUUUUCUCCACCAAUGGUUUAAUAGACACCGUGGGCUUUUUACUACAGCGGUUUAGUUUUCACUGCUGGUCCCAAACGGCUGUGGAUUUUUCUUUCUUUUUUUUUUCUUUUGGAGGAACGGAAGCAUUACAAUCCUGCGAGGUGGAAACAUUAGAUACUUGAAACUAUCUACAAGUUUUUUUGUUUUUUCGUUUUGUGUGUGAUUCAACAUGGAUUUUGUGUUCUCGUUGGUUGGAUUCUUAAUGGCAGUGUGCCAUGUGUCGUUAAGAGUCAGAGGACAAAACGCGCCGGAGUGUGGAGGUUUGCUAGAUGCCAGCGAGGCCGGUUAUAUCACCUCCCCUGGCUAUCCUCUGGAGUACCCCCCACACCAGAACUGCCACUGGAUCAUCACGGCGCCAGAGCCCUCGCAGCGCAUCGUCCUCAACUUCAACCCCCACUUUGAGAUCGAGAGGCUCGACUGCAAAUACGACUUCAUAGAGAUCCGCGAUGGAACUUCAGAGACGGCCGAUGUUUUGGGGCGGCACUGCAGCAACAUCGCCCCAGGGCCAAUUAUCUCAUCUGGGCCAUCCCUCCAAAUCAGAUUUGUCUCUGACUACGCCCAUCAGGGAGCCGGCUUCUCUUUGCGCUACGAGAUAUUCAAAACAGGCUCGGAAUUCUGCUUCCGCAAUUUCACCAGCCCUACCGGCAUGAUCGAGUCCCCGGGGUUCCCGGAUAAAUACCCUCACAAUCUGGAAUGCUCCUACAUGAUCAUUGCCCCGCCCCACAUGGACAUCACGCUCACCUUCCUGACCUUCGAUCUCGAGAACGACCCCCUGCUGGUCGGAGAGGGUGACUGCAAGUACGACUGGCUGGACGUGUGGGACGGUCUGCCACAAGUGGCUCCUCUGAUUGGCCGGUACUGCGGGACAAAGAUCCCCCCAGAGAUCCAAUCGUCCUCCGGCCUGCUGUCCCUCUCCUUCCACACCGACAUGGCUGUCGCCAAAGACGGCUUCUCCGCCCGCUACAACAUGACACAAAAAGAAGUCUCCGACUCAUUUCACUGCAGCAUGGCGCUGGGCAUGGAGUCGGGGAAGAUCAGCGACGACCAAAUCACGGCCUCGACGUCCUUUUACGACAAUCGCUGGCUGCCGCGCCAGGCUCGCCUCAACAACGACGACAACGCUUGGACGCCGGCAGAGGACAGCAACAAGGAAUACAUACAGGUGGAUCUUCAUUUCCUCAAGGUUUUGACCGGUAUUGCCACACAGGGUGCCAUAUCCAAGGAAACGCAGAAGUCCUACUACGUCACAACCUUCAAGCUGGAGGUCAGCACCAACGGAGAGGACUGGAUGGUGUACCGCCAUGGCAAGAACCACAAGAUUUUCCACGCUAACACAGAUCCGGCCGAAGUGGUUCUCAACCGCGUCCCGCAGCCGGUCUUGGCCCGGUUCGUUCGGAUCCGACCACAGACCUGGAAGAACGGCAUCGCCCUUCGUUUCGAGCUCUACGGAUGCCAGAUUACAGAUGCUCCAUGUUCAGACCUGCAGGGGCUGAUGUCCGGCCUGCUCCCCGAUGCCCAGAUCUCAACCUCAUCCAGCAGGGACGUGGUGUGGAAUCCCGGGAGCACCCGUCUCGUGGCCAGCCGCUCCGGCUGGUUCCCUGCUCCUGCGCAGCCACUGGCUGGAGAGGAGUGGCUGCAGGUGGACCUGGGUUUAGCCAAGACAAUGCGCGGAGUCAUCACCCAGGGAGCGAGGGGAGGAGACGCAGGAAGUGGAGCGGCCACAGAUAACCGGGCAUUUGUCAGGAAGUACAAAGUGGCACACAGCCUGAAUGGGAAAGAUUGGAAUUUCAUCAUGGACAGCAAGACUAGCUUACCAAAGAUCUUUGAGGGGAACACACACUAUGACACCCCAGAGCUCCGGCAUUUCGAGGAGACAGUGGCCCAGUAUAUCCGACUCUAUCCAGAGCGGUGGUCUCCGGCAGGCAUUGGGAUGAGAGUGGAGAUUCUGGGCUGUGACCUUCCAGAAACCUCAACCCCAGCAGGCACCACCACACCCACGCUGCCAGCUGACGUCGAAACCACCACGGUCCCUGUCACGACUACAGCGGCCACCUCUCCCCCAUCAGACGCCGUGUGUGAGUUCGACCACGGCCUGUGUGGGUGGACGCACGACCCCAACGCCCCGCUGCUCUGGUCCCUGCACAGCAACGAGCUCAACAGCUAUCUGUACAUAGACGCAAGCCUAAAGACUGAGCAGCAGCGAGCUCGGCUCUUGAGCCCCGUGUUGACCGCCGACACUGGGCCCCUGUGUCUAGUCUUCUCUUACCAGAUAUCGGGGGAGGCCCAGGGCCAUCUCAGGGUCCUGGUACAGGACGCCCACUUUGAAGAGACGGUCCUGUGGACACUAACAGACGAUCAGGGCCCCGUCUGGAAGGAGGGUCGGACCAUACUACCUCGAUCUCCUAAAAGCGUCCAGGUUGUGAUGGAGGGUUACUUUGUGCACGGCACCAGAGGGCACAUCUGGAUAGACAACAUCCACAUCAGCUCGAGCACCCCACUGACGGAGUGUACACAACCCUUCGCGGCUUUUCCUCCCGAAAAUCCAGGGGGAGGCGUUCCUGUGCCUCCCUUGCCCAUCCACUGGUAUUACAUUAUGGCUGCCGGGGGUGCCCUCCUUCUCCUGGCAGCGGCCAUCUUGGUCAGAGCACUCUGUUGCUGUCGACAACACCUGGCCACCAAGAAGAGCCAACUGUCUGUGGCCUAUCACAGCUCUUCGCAGUGCUUCCAGUACUCUAACUGGUCCUCCAGUAUGGCCACCCCCGGGGUGGAGCCGGUCCUGACGGUGAGGUUGGACAGCCGGGACCGACACCGUACCCUCUGCUAAAAGCGAAGCGCUUAUAAGCUGCACUGUAUUCGUCAGAGGACGACGCCGACCGGCGAUGGCAGUGAGAGUCGUGGCGCAGCAAGAUCGACGAACCCUCACUUGCUUUAGUUUACAGCCCCCAGCGGUGAUGAUGAUGACAAAGACAUUGUCCUAAAUUGCUGAGUGAUAUAUUUUUUUUUUUGGCAAAGGAAACACUGUGGCCUCUCUCUCUCACACAUGCACGCUCUCUAAUGGAUGUAGCUUCGGUUGCUGUUUUUCCUUCCCUGUUCCAUUAAGGAGUUUUGCUGUUGACAUUUCACACUAUGCUGCUCCUGAUGAGAGAACUGAAGACUGAGUAAGUUAUUUGUCUGAACAGCUUGAUUCGGACCAUUGAGUACCGUCUGGCUCCUCAUAACCCCAACGGUCCUUCUGGAAUGACCCCAACGUGGACACACACACAGGCAUGCGAGCGGGAAGAGGACGGGGAGGGGAUUUUGAGCUGGUUCCGCUGCAAGGAGCCAGCCAGAGCUGCCAAACCACGAGGCUAAAACAAGACCCCAGAGACACGAGGAACCCUGCAGUGCUGAGAGAGGGAGAGACGGGGGGAGGGAGGGGGGGAGAUAACUGUGCUAGCUGUGGAAAUGAUCUGGCAAGGCCCAGAAAAUGAAGCUCUUGGUAUCUCUGUAAUAACACAACCACAGGAUAGUUGCAAUAUGAGUUGUGCCAAUAGCGAGGGUGUUUGUAAAAGAACAGAAAUGGGAUGUGUGGAG